AUGAACAUACUUUUUGACAAAAUUUUGCCUACAUUACGAAGUAAGAUUAGAUUAUUUUCAUCUGCAACGGUAAGUCCAGUAGUAGCUUUAAAAGAAGGCAAUAUAAGGGGAGCUGUGAAGCAAUUAAAUGAUGGAACCCAAUAUUAUAGUUUUAAAGGUAUCAGAUAUGCUCAAGCGCCUGUGGGAAAACUUCGAUUUAAGGCACCGCUUCCUAUAACACCAUGGGAAGGAAUCAGAGAUGCAAUACACCAUGGAUCAGUAUGUCCACAGCUAGAUCUUCAGACAGGGGAAACUUUAGAAGGAAAUGAGGAUUGCUUAUUUUUGAAUGUAUACACGACAUCAUUGGACGCAAAUAAGAAAAUUCCUGUAAUGUUUUUCAUUCAUGGCGGAGGUUUUACUUCAGGAUCAGGAAAUUCCCAGAUAUAUGGCCCAAAAUUUCUCUUACAACACAAUGUAGUUAUUGUAACAAUAAAUUAUAGGUUAGAAGUGUUGGGUUUCUUAUGUCUCGACACACUGGAAGUGCCUGGUAAUGCUGGUUUAAAAGAUCAGGUAGCAGCUCUGCGUUGGGUUCAAAACAAUAUUUGCCAGUUCGGUGGUGAUCCUGAAAAUGUGACAAUAUUUGGUGAAAGUGCAGGCGGAGCUUCUGUUACGUACCACAUGAUAUCCCCUUUAAGUCAUGGACUGUUUCACAAAGCUAUAUCGCAAAGCGGCGUGUGCUUGACAGAUUGGGCCUACGAGAUAAAUGCUGCAGAAAGAGCCUUCAAAGUUGGAAAAAUCCUUGGGAAACAUACAAAUGAUCCUGAAGAGUUGCUCCAGUUUUUACAAAGCGUCCCAGCGACUGAUUUGAUUUCCAUGACUUAUAAAACGCAGACGAGAGAAGAAAAAUAUAGAGGGUUGCCCAUACAUUUCGCUCCGGUGGUUGAAAAGUUUAGUGAUAAAGCCUUUUUAUCUGAACGGCCUCUUGACUUAAUGCUUAGAGGAAAAUUUUAUAAGGUGCCUUUUAUUGCUGGGUAUAAUUCAUCCGAAGGUAUGAUGAUGAUAACUACUGAUGUUAAGAGGUUGAAUAUCAGAAACCAAACCCCUUCCUAUUUCGUGCCGAGAGAAUUAGUUCAGAUGAUUUCAGAGCAAAAACUUAAAGAAUUUGGUGACCGCAUAAAGCAAUUUUACUACCGCAAUAGGGAUUUGACUGAACAAGAUACCGAAAUCAUUUGUAAUAUCAAUUCGGACUUACAUUUUGUGUAUGGCAUAACUAAAUUUGCUGAGUAUUAUUCAGAGUAUUGCAAAACCAUAUACUUAUACAGGUUUAACUUGGAUACUGAGUUAAAUUUUUUUAAGAUGAUUUUAGGUGUGCCUUCGGAAAAAGGAGCAUGUCAUGCGGAUGAUUUGUUUUAUUUGUUCAAUAAUAUGACGAAUAAGGAAAAAUGUGAGGAACAAGAGAAGUUAAGGAAGCUUGUGUAUAUGAUGACCAAGCUUUGGACUGAUUUUGCUAAAACCGGGAACCCUACACCAGAUGACAGGUGGGGACUAAGAUGGCGUCCAUACACAGAUAAUAAAGAGUAUUUAAAGAUAGACGAAACGUUGUCUAUGGGUAAAUGCGAUGAGAAAGAGCGCAUAGACUUCUGGGAUAAAUUGUAUGGAGAAGCUGGUAUCCCCAGUUCGAGGAAAUGUAAAAUA